UUUUUUGUAGUGAUUUUUUGUAUGUGUGAAAAAGUCUUCUUUGUGAAUCAAAAACAUAUGAUACUGUUAAACAAAUAACACAAAUGAAAACGGAGAAAUAUAUAAAAACAGUGUAUUGUUUAAGAGACAGACACAACACUAAACAAAGUGAUAAAUCAGCAGUGGAAAAUGAAAGGUAACCAGCGACGGGAAAACUUUAAGCAAUUGAAUAAAAUUUAGUCCCUUCAUUUCAAAUCGCUAGGUCCAGCCAACCGCACCAACAAAAUAUAUAAAACAUUCUAAAAAAAGAAAACCAACAACGUCACUAAAUACCAAUUUGUGGUGUUUAAUAUUUAUUUAUAUGCUAAUUUAUUUUUAUAAUAAAUUGGUAUUAACCCACAAACCAACACGACAACAUUAAAAUCGGGUGAAAGAUAAUAAAGAAGCAACAAAAAGCAAGCACGCGCAUCUUCUUUUGCCGUCUUUGUUUUGGGAUAUAAAACCGGAAAUAAUUACCCCAACACUCAGCAAAAACAACCGAAAACGAAGAAGUAUUGUGCAUCCUGUGAAAAGAUUGUCUGCCAGAUUGGAAAGGACUUUUUUUACAUUGCCUCUCGCCCACUUCAUAUAUCAUUUGACUUUAUGUGGCCUGAUUUGGGCGCUGACCAGGAGUAAGUGAGCGAUCGAUCCCGAAGAGAUGGCCCCGCCCAACUGCCUGCUGGCGGUGCUGGCGCUAACGGUUUUCCUGGGGGCCAGCGACGGCCUGCCGAUCACCUCGCGCCCCAUCGAGGGCAACGUCCAGCGGAUGGUCUGGGAGGACUGGGUGAACCUGGACCCGGAGCAGCGGAACCUGACCAAGGAGAAGAAGGUGACCGCCAAGUCGAUAUUCACGCUGCCCUUCCGCCACUGUCCGCAGGGGCACACGCUGUACAACCAGCUCUGCAUCCCCCAGUCCAACAUCGAUCCCACGGACCUCAUCAAGCAGGAGCUCCUCCUGGCCGGCGGCACGGACGGCAAUCCCCCGCCGCCGCCCAUCGGAGACUACGACUACGGCGACGACGUGGAGAGCGACGAGAUCGUGUACGACCUGUCGGUCAUACCCACUGCCAUGCAGGACGGCUUGCCGCCCGCCGUUGGAGCUGAGGAUCAGGCCCUGCCCAGCGAGGAUGCGCCGCUGAAAUUCAAUAUUUUCGAGAAGAAAUUCCCCACGGGCACGGGUGAGCCCGAGGAGCUGCCCCUGCCGCCGGCAACGCAGGCCAGCAACAGCAACAGCAGCACCACAGCAUCAUCACCAGCAGGAGCAGCAUCAACGACACCAGCUGCUCCCUCGGGGGAGGCCAGUGGCCGCAUUGCUGGCGGGGACUUGCAGGCGGCUCCCAGCAAUGCCCUGUCCACAUCGACAAAUCUCACACACAGCAACAGGGACAUUGGCCAGGUGGAGGCCAUCGUGUUGCCGGCGGGUCAGGCGCAGGAUGGCGCUGUCCAGCUGGUGACCAGCUCCCUCACCGAUAGCAACAACGACUAUUCCUCCAGCACAGCGACUGCAUUCAGUGCGGAGGCGGAUCUGGACCAGCUGCUCAAGGCAGACGCCUUUCUGCCGGCCUACGACGGCAGCAUAGAGCUGUUGCCGCCGCUUUUCAGCCAUCGCAAGGUGUCGCCGCCGUUGAGCGCAGACCAGGAUGUACAGACCAAGCAGCCAGAUGAGGAGGAGGAGGAGGAGAGCACCACGGAUAUAGUGCCAAGUGGGGAGGAGGAGUACACCACUGAGUCGACGAGCACAGAUGCAGACGACACAACGGUUGCGGAGGCGUCGAUGGAUACCGCCUCCACCUCUAGCCAAACAUCACCACAUCCGCCAGAAGAACCCGAGACGGAUGAAGGUGAAAAUCGCCUGGUAUUGAUAAAAUCGAAAGUGCAACCGGUUCAGCUGACGACAACAACAUCGGCCACGGCAACAUCAACAACUGCAGCUGAUGCUGCUGACUCGAGCUCCUCCACUGACCGGUUUCAUUAUCAGUAUUUUGUAGAAGAAGUUGCCGCUAGCAGCACGACAGCAACGCCAGAGCCCAGCAGCAGCGAACUGAUCGCGCAGAGUGACAAUGACAAUUUAAUGACAAAUACAAUUGGCGGCCACGCCAGUGAAAUUGAUGACCAACAGGAGCUGCGGCUCAUCAACGAGCUGGUGAAGGGCAUGCAGCGCAAGCAGCAACAGCAGCAGCUUGAGCCAACCGGCGCAGAAGGAACAUCCACAUCCACACCAGCACCGAAAUCAACUGAGGAUGCCACCGUCACAACAGCAGCAACCUACACAAAUUGGUCAAAGGUGAUGCCGCAAUUAGGCCAGGGCGCAAGUGAGGCAGGAACCAGCACAGAGACAGCAGCAACAUCGAGCCAGGCCGAAUCAGCGGCAGCAACACUAUCAAGUAUUACUAAUCGUAGCAAUAGGAAUAGCAAAAUAAUAAGAGUAGAAGGGCCAGCAGCAACACCUCCGAACCAGGACGGCUACACGCCCUUCUGGUGGCUCCCGAGCAUCGGUUGGCGUCUGGAGCGCCAGGUGGACGGCCGCGGCGAGGAUCAGUCGCUGUUGCUGCGGUUCUUCAGCACAUUUCGCGGCAGCGACGCGGCAGCAGGCACUCGCUAACGGCAACACCAAAGGCAGCAGCAGCAACUCCUGGCUCUGGCCACCGACUAGAGCCACAGGACGUCGCUGGGUGCCGCCCAGUCUAGUGUAAGAUAUGUAGUGUCGUGUCAGCAACACCGUUUCAAUUGCAUGUUGAAGUUUGUUCAUAGUUGUCUCACCUUUACACUCAUCCCUUGUCUGAGUAAAUAUUUAUUGCCUUUUAAUGUUUUAAUUGAAUGCCAAAUUGUACAUAGCACAUCCGAAACUCACUACUUAGCAACAACUUUUGCUUUAUUUUUGUUUGCCCGGGCAUUUUUUUUUUGUGGUAUUUAAACUGAUUUCUUUUUUUAAGUUGUUGAUUUAAUUUUAGGGGGACUUUUUUUUUACAUUACAAUAGUUUUAUAUGUGCGUGCUGCUGUCGUUGUUGCGAGCCCUAGCAAUAUUAAUUGUGAUUACUUAGGAUUAAGAAUUGAUUGUUAGACUUAGGCCAAUGUAUAUGUAUACUCUGAAUCUUUCGAUGUAUCUUUUUUUUUAUAUUAUCAUCACACUUAUCCAAUAUAUAUAUGUAUAUGUAAUAUCGGAGGACCUGUUGUAGCUGUCUCUGUGUAUAUACGUUAGUGCAAAAGCCAUUCAAACCGAAGCAUUUUCAAACGCAUUCAGUGAAAAACACACGUGUUUCUAUCCCUGUAUUGUAAGCCCAAUAGUUGUGAAACCACUGUAAACAGAUAUCAAAACUAAAGCAUAGAAAAUAGUGUAAUGCAUGUGUAUAGUUGUAGAAAAGGCGAUUCAGGCGAACGGCGUGUUUUUGUCAAUGAAAUUCAACCAACAACCAAAGUUCUGAAGAAAAACAAAUGCGGAAAUGCAAAAA